CACCAUCGUUAGAAAAAUGGGGUAAUGAUCUGCUGCUACUAAAAUGCAACCAUCUUCCUACAAUUCUGCGUCUUCUUCUUCGCCUGAAACCUAUUCUAAUCCACCAUGCCUAAUCAUAGCCGCGUAUCUAUUCUGCACAUAUAGUCUAUAUAUCUCAGCUGCACUUAGCUUAUACUCCGUAUAAGCUUAAUUGCUGGUGAAAUUGGUCUGUAGAAAUGGGGCUCUGUCACUCGCGGUCCUCGCGGAAGGCAGCGUCGACGGAUGAGCUGUCGAUUAAACCUCACAAGCGAUCCGCCGUUGUUGGCGGCUUUGUGGGGAGCAAUAAGUGGCGCAGGAUCCGGCCGUCGUCGAGGAACGACGAGGUUGUGGUCAUUCAAGACCCGACGCCGCUCGCCGCUGCCAUUCUGUUCCGGCAACAGAUGCAGAACAAUGGCUGCAGUGGAGCUUUGGCGGCGAUUGAUCGUUCCGCCUCGCUUCGUUAUCCGAAGAAGAAAAAUCAGACUUCUGCUCGGAGCUCGAGCUCUAGAGACCGUUCGAUCACCGAUCCUCUGCUUCACCCUCGCCAACUGCUUAAUAAGGAUAUGAAGCUUGAUGAUGUAGAAACCAACCAUUAUGUCCUGGUUCAUGGUGGAGGUUUUGGGGCCUGGUGUUGGUAUAAAACGAUUUCACUUCUGGAAGGAUCUGGGUUCAAAGUUACUGCCAUAGAUUUAACUGGUUCAGGAGUUAAUUCUUUUGACACAAACAGUAUAACCAGCUUGUCACAAUAUGUGAAACCACUCACUGAUUUUUUCGAUGCUCUAUCUGACGGAGAAAAGGUGAUUUUGGUAGGACAUGAUUUUGGAGGUACUUGUAUAUCAUAUGCAAUGGAGCUUUUCCCGACUAAAGUCUCCAAAGCUGUUUUCAUUGCAGCGACUAUGUUGACCAGCGGCCAAAGUACUCUUGAUAUGCUCUCUCAAAAGACAGAUUCAAAUGACCUGAUGAUGCAAGAGGCUCAAAUAUUUUUAUAUGCUAAUGGAAAAGAUAAUCCCCCAACUGCCUUUGACAUCAACAAAUCGCUCUUGAGGGACUUACUAUUUAACCAUAGCCCUGCUAAGGAUGCUGCAUUAGCAUCCGUGUUAAUGAGGCCCAUCCCAUUCUCACCUGUUCUGGAGAAGAUCUCUUUGUCCGACCUCAAGUAUGGCUCAGUUAGACGGUUUUAUGUUGAAACUCUAGAAGACAAUGCCAUACCAAUCGAUUUACAGCGGAGCAUGAUCAAUCAAAACCGUAUAGAAAAAGUUUUUCAUCUCAAGGGUUCAGAUCAUUCCCCGUUCUUCUCAAAGCCGCAAGCACUGCACAAAAUCUUGGUGGAGAUUUCAAUGAUCCCUUGAAUUUAUAUGUAAAGUUCCUCUUUUUCUCUUCACUCAGAUUGUUUGCUCUGACUUGAUUGAAGAACAAAAGGCGGCCGUUGUUGUUUUGAUUUUCUUUUGUAUAUUUAUUAUAAAAAUGUGUGAACUCUAAACUCUACAUGUAUGUACUGUAAACCUUAUAUAUACUCUUAUAUAUAUCUUUAUAGAUUACAUUGAAAUUUAUAAAAGUUUUGGUUUGGAUACCAACAA